AUGGAGGCUUGUAAAGAGUUAAAAACGAAAUAUGAUCAUUGCUUUAAUGUUUGGUUUUCUGAAAAAUUUUUACGUGGUGUUAAUGACGAUAGCGAGUGUGCAGCGUUGCUUAAAGUUUAUACUGAAUGUGUCGCGCAAGCUAUGAAGGAUCAGAAAAUAAACCUGGAUGACGUUGAUGUAACACAUUUGGGAACCGAGAAAGAGAAGGCAACAGAAGGUUGA